AUGGACUUCGCCUUAGCGGGCGCGCUCGCCGGCCUGGACGAGCUCCUCCACUUUAUCUUCACCUACGACGUUGUAUGCAUCUACAGCGUUAAUCUCCGGAAACGCUUCGGAGAACGCUUCCCCCAUCUUGUACCCCUUCUCGAACGCAUGCAGAUGCUCCUUCCCAAACUGCACAUGCUCGCACACGAGGAACGCUGUCAGAUAUUGUACGCGCUAUGUUACUCCUGGGGCGCGGGUCUCUCGCACGGGGAAAGUGUUGAGCAUCCGUGGGCAGAACACAAUCAAGUCGGGCUCAGUACACGUGAGAUGAGCCCCGGCCAUCGCCACGACGCGCUCAAUGCUAUCCACAACCACUGGAAUUGGUGCAAAAUGGAGACAGCAAGUAAGUCGAUACGCCCUCUUUAG